AAAGUAGUUAAGUGAAGCAGUGGAAGUGAGUAAAGAGAUGCUGAAUACCUCUGUUCAUACAGACGACUGGCUGGAAAAUGAGUUCCUCUGGAAUUUUUCAUAGUCAACAUGGGGAAGUUUGGCCAGCAUGUCGGACAUAAAGGUCGCCCAGAACCGCAGAGUUGGAGAGAUGAAAGCCAAGAUGACGGUAUUUGUCUGUUGUCUGUUUGUCUGUGCAUUUCUAAAAGUCAGUCAUCAAAAUCCAACAAACCACUGGACUCUGCUGCCUCACAUUCUGGUUGUGGAGGUGGACGGCUCGGAGGGCCAGCAGCCCCUGAGCUGCCUGGGAAGAGACAUCCAGAAUGAGGACAUUAUUUGGAAAAAGAACGGGUGGGAGGAAGAACAGAGGGGAAACACAUAUCUUCUGCAGCUAGAAGAAAGCUUAGGAGGGGGAAACUACACUUGCCACAGCAAGGAUGGAUCGCUCCUCAAUCACACCGUGGUUCUGAUCCAAGAGGUCGAAGCCAACAGGAGAAUUCUUACCAAAAGUGACCAGGAAGGUUAUUUAAAGUGUUCUGCUCAAAACUACAAUGGGGAGUUCCGCUGCUCCUGGACCUGGCACAGCAGUCGCGUUGGCAAAGUAGCAUUCAUCAAUGUUCAACGUGUAUCUGACACCCAGUGUUCUGUGGAUGAAAGCGGCCAGCGUUGGACAUGCUCUUCAGGUCAGAGUAACUUCAACUGUUCAGUAGACGACAGCGGACACAGGAUCGUGUGCCUGGAGGAGCAGCACUGCCCCUAUGCCGAGGAGAGCCAGCAGAUCCGCAUCACCGUCUACUUGAGGACGGAGCACUUCCUGCUGGAGAUCUACUCUAAACGCUUUUACCUGUCAGAGAUAGUGAAACCCGACAAGGUGAGCAUUGGUAAAGUCAACACUACGAUGAUAGAGUGGAGUUACCCAAGCUCCUGGAGCAGCCCCUACUCCAACUUCCCUCUUAUUUUUGAGAUUGCACAGCUCAGGGGGCGAUACAAAAAGUGUAACAACCCAUGCACUGACUCAAAAGCCACUAAGACCUGGACCGUUCCCUCUACCAACAUCUGUCAGUUUGAAGUCAAGCACAAGGUUAAGACUGUCUGUGUCCGGGCUAAGGAUGCUCUCUGUAACUCCAAAUGGAGCGAGUGGAGCUAUAUCAGAUUAGUGCCUCCCCGUCGUGUGGGGUUGGAGCAUUUAUUCCCCGUAUAAUGCCUAGCAGUUUGUCUCGGCAUUUUCCCACCUUCUGCCAGUCACCGACUCACCCCAUGCAAACCAAACUGUGUAUAAAUGUUCUCAGUAGCUUUAAUUUUCUGUGGAAAAAAGAACUUUUCACUACUUUUUUGGUGUGUUUUGAUGCCAAAGAUUCUAAAAAAACAAAUGGGUACAUUAACUAAAUGACGGUAAUAAAAUGGGAGAAUGUAUUUUACUCUUUAUUGCAUUUUUAUAUGAUUUUGCUCUCAUUAAGAGACUGUUUUACAUAGUAACCUUUUUCGACAGCAUCAAGUUAAAAGUCGGAAACUAGCAAGAUGUAAAUUCUAACAAGUGCGAAAUUGAACCAUUUUACUUGAUUGUUU